AUGGCUAUCACAGAACUCAUCUUCCCUAACGUGAUUCCGACCAAAGGGGUCCUCGAUGAAAUCGAACAAAACUGGCCGAUUAUCAGUAAAUCACUGAUAGAACCGAACCCAGGUCUGAUCAGUGCUUUCCGAGGCUGGGUACUCAGCGAGGACGGCAAAGAUGUGCGCGAUCAGCAUAGAGAGAUCAUUAUUUUCGAAUGGACAGAGGAAGCUGCCUUCCAUGCCUUUGUUGCUUCUGCUCAAUUUGCCUCCUUUGCCAAUUCAAUCAGGCACCUAGUGAGUGGGCCACCCAAGCUACAGCUCUACGAGACGAAUAUCAGCCCCAAAGAGUCUUCUAUUGCCCCCGUUGUGGAGAUUUUCCGACUUGGUGUCAAUGGACCUGAGGCCAUUCAAGCGGCACAGGAGAUCUGGGAGGAUUUAUCCCAGACUCUAUCUCGCAGCGGGAGACUUGCUCCCGUGACGCUAGGGAAAAGCUUGAAUCUUGAGGGGGAUGUGGUUGUUGGCAUUUUGGGAUGGGCGAGUACCGAGGCUCACGAGGAGGGAGCUCAAGAUGUGGCUUUUGUGGAGGCCUUGGCAUCUCUGCGCUUACUUGGAGAACUGUCGCAGAUUAUUGUUGACGUCGCUCCCAUGGAGGGACUAUCGGCCCUCUAG